UGUCAGAAGUGGGAUCUCAGUAACAGAGUUCCUCUGGUUGCUGAGAGAAAGAAAAGCUGAGGAAAUUUCGAAUUGGCUUAUUUCCUUCGAGGAAUCAUUCGGAAGAAACUGUCAGUGUGGAAAAUUCGCCACUACAACUGUUUACAUUAGGGUCCAGUACAAAUCCAAUGCUAAGCCCAAGUUACUACUACCCUAUUGUAGUAACAAUCUGAAGUAGAGGUGAACCAGGAAUAAGAGACUAUGCGACUAACCAUAAAAUUAUUAUUCUGCAUGCAUGCAAUAAUAUGGUUGACAAAUGCUGAGCAAAUCCACAAGCAAUACACCAACACUCCUAUCAACAAAUCACCUGGAAUCUAUUACGAACACAUAAAAAAUGUUCAAUUUAUUGAAACUCAUUGGAACAUAUUAAGUCAUAUUCCUUUACAACCUUUUACAGACAAAUUAAAUUUUGUAGAUCUCACCUAUCAAAAAACAUUAAGACUGUGUCAAAACAAACCAGUUCUUACUGAAUUACGAUUAUGUGAUACUUCACUAAAACUUUUGGGACAAAUCAUACCUAGACUCUUCCAAGAUGAACAAACUUUAAAAAAUCUAAUUCUGCAUGAACAUUCUAGACCAAAACGAGCUCUAUUUAAUGCAAUUGGAUAUGUUUUUAGGACUUUAUUCGGUACCUUAGACAGUGAUGAUGCGUAAAAUUUCAAUAAUGCUAUUAACAAAGCUGAAAGUAACGAAAAUCAUCUUCUUGAUUUACUAAAACAACAAAUUCAUGUAGUAAAAGCCACGAUUGCAAAUUUUAAUAACUCUAUUACGAAUCUAGACCGAAACAAAG